AUGGCGCCCACACAGCUCCCCGACUCGGGCAACCCUCUCGUCUUCUUCGAAAUGACCCUCGGCGGCGAAUCGCUGGGCCGCAUCACCUUUGAGCUCUUCAGCGACGUCGUCCCCAAGACGGCCGACAACUUCCGCCAAUUCUGCACCGGCGAGUCCAAGGACCCCGCCGGCCGGCCCCAGGGCUACAAGGGCUCCAAGUUUCACCGCAUCAUCCCCAACUUCAUGUGCCAGGGAGGCGAUUUCCUCAACGGCGACGGCUCUGGAUCAACCUGCAUCUGGGGCUUCAAGUCCUUCGAGGACGAAAACUUUACUCGCAAGCACGACCAGCCCGGUCUGCUGUCCAUGGCGAACGCCGGCCCCAACACAAACGGCUCCCAGUUCUUCAUCACCACCGUGCCCACCCCCUUCCUCGACGGCAAGCACGUCGUCUUUGGCAAGGUCGUCGACGGCAUGGACGUGGUCAAGAAGAUGGAGGCCACCAGGACCGGCUACAAGGGCAAGGACGUGCCCAACCUCGACGUCGUGAUAGUCCAGUGCGGUGAGAUGUAG